AUGGGGGGAAUAGGGGGGAUUGCGCGAAUGGGGGGAGUGACGGGGGCGGCGGGCGGGGACGAGGACAUGGCGCGCGCGAUGGAGAGCCUGAUUCCCGCGCUAUGGCAGUCGUUCGCGGUGAUUCUCAUCGGAUACGCGUGCGUGAAGCUGGAAGUGGUCAAGCCGCAGCACAAGCAGGGUCUGUCGCUGUUUGUGACGAAGCUGGCGCUGCCGGCGCUGCUGUUCUCGGGCAUGGCGUCGCUGGACUUCUCCAAGGUCAACUGGUCCUUCCUCCUCGCCGUCACCAUCGGCAAAACCGCCGUCUUCUUCCUCGCCCUCGGCAUCACGAUGCUGCUGGACAUUGGAAAGCCGCAGGUGGUGGGCACGGGAGCGGUCAACGGCAUCUUCGUCUCCCAGUCCAACGACUUCGCCCUCGGCCUCCCCAUCUUCCAACCCAUAUUCGGCGAGCUGCACCCAGAAUACAUCGGGUACCUGUACCUCGUAGCGCCCAUCUCGCUCGUCUUCCUCAACCCUCUCGGCUUCCUGCUCAUGGAGUCAGACCGAAAGAACGGAGACUCAGGGGAGGAGUGGGAGGAUGAGGAGUACGAGGAGGGGCGGGAGGAAGGGGAGGAGAGGGUAGGGGGGCGUGGGGUGCGGGAUGGGAGGGAGGGGGAUAGGGAUCCCUGGGAGUGCUGUGACCUUGUGCCUGAAGGGGAAGAGGCUGCUCUGAUGGCUCUUGAGGAGGAGGAGAGGGAAGAGAGGCGUGGAAAGGAGGCUGUGCGUGAUAAAGGGAAGGAGGAGGAAGAAGAAGAGAGGGGAAAGGAGGCUGUGCCGGACGACACAUCGCUGUCCCUGGCAGGGCUCAUCUAUGGCAGUCUACCUGUCACGCCAGCCACCUUCUUCUUUGCCUGUGAAUACGGUCUAUGUCAGUCGUACAUAGGCAUGGCGACGGUGCUGGGCACGUUCCUGUUUGGUCCGCUGGUCUACGUGCUCACACAGCUCGCCUUCCUUGUCAUGAACCACUACCAGCAGCUCCUGGAACAGGUGGAGGCGUCAUCGCGCAGCAUGGCAUUAGUGGCAGCAGGAGCAGGAGGUGUGGCGGAGGGAGGGAGGGGUGGGAGUGAACAGGACCCGUACGAGUUGCACCGUGUGGUGGGACAGAUGCUCGUGUGCUGCAUUGCACUCUGCUGGUUCCUCGCUGCGCUCAUCGUCUACUCCAUCGCUGUGAUCAUCAUCAUAACGAGCCUAUCACUGCUCAUAUGGGAGCACAUGGGCAGUGGUAUGAGUGUGGCAGGGCAUGCGGAUGGAGAGAUGAUCCCAUCCUUGCUCAUGUCUCCGUCCAGGGUGGUGGCAACAAGGUGGCGGCAGAAGACGGACCUGGACUCGCAGAACGCGUUGCUGCUCUUCUGCUGCUACGCCGUCUUCUCCAUGCUCGUCUCCUGCACCAUCUCCAUCUUCGCCCUCCUCAACGACGGGCGGCUGGAGGGGCACUUGGCGCUGCUGCUGCUGUUGAUGCACGUGCUGCUGUCCUACAGCCAGGGCGCCGUGCUCUUCCUCGCCUUUGGCAUGCACGCGGGGCUUGUGCUGCCGCUCGUGGAAGCUCGGGAAUGGUGGCGCAAGCAGCGCCUCUCCUUCCUCGGCGAGGUGUCUCCCUUCUUUGUGGACGAGUGGCAGUACCUCGUACCAGAUGACGACUACCCCAUGCCGGGUGCCCCGCAUUCAAACAGCAUGAUGCUUGCUCGAGGCUGGUCCAUGAACCCGGCGCAGAUGCAGCUCUUCCCCCGGGACUGGGACCUCUACUCCCGGGGAUGGGAGGAUGCAAUGAGUGUGAGGGACGACGGCAUGAGUGUGCGUGACUACUACCCUUCGUAUCCGAUUGAUGAGGGGGACGAGGACACUGUGGUGAGCACGGAUGCAGGAGGGGAUGAUCAGACGGACCGUGAUGACGCCGAGACUGUGGUGGAGCUACGCCGUAGUAGCUACGUGCUGUUAAGCACGCCUUUCGCAGGCACAUCAGUCCCGGCCACCACGGAGGAAGUGGCGGCGCUGAACAAGAUGAAGGAUACCCUGGGCCCCGCGAACCUGUUCGUGGGGUGGGUGGGCGAUCCGUGCACCGGCAUGUGGCUCGGCGUUAUCUGCGACGCGCCGCAACACGUCAUCGGCAUCAACUUCGAGUCGCUCAACGUGGACGGCACGCUCGCCGAUGACGUCAGCCGCCUAACGUCACUUCAAAUCCUCAACCUGGCGAGCAACCAGUUCACGGGGAAGCUGCCCAAGGCCAUCAGCACGCUCACCAACCUGCAGCACCUCGAUGUGAGCAACAAUAAGUUCGAGGGGAAGCUUCCUGACGCCUUCAGCCAACUCACCGCCCUGCGACACCUCGACGCGAGUCAGAACACGUUCACCAGCGAGCUCCCCGCGUCCCUCAGCGCGCUCUCGAGCGUCACGUACAUCAACCUGGCGAACAACCAGAUAACGGGGUCGCUGCCAGACAGCCUCACGGGCCUCAGCGAACUCACCUACCUCUCAGUGGCGGACAACAGCAUGUCAGGCACGCUACCGGCAUCCCUGGGAUCCCUGGCCAAGCUGUCCAAGCUCGACCUCUCCAACAACGCAUUCACGGGGCCCGUCCCCUCCACCUACUCCGCCAUCCCCGACCUCAUCACCACGGGCACGAGCAUUGACGGCGCAGCAGCAGGCGCGCCAGCAUCAGCUGGCGCACCAACAGGGGCCUCCCCUCCGCCCCCGUCCCCCCCGCCUCCGUCCCCUUCCCCUCCACCCCCCGAAGUCUCCCCGCCUCCGCCUCCCCCUCCGCCUCCUUCCGCGCCGGUGGCGUGCGGGGGAUGCGCGGAGGGGCAGGUGGGGUGGGCGGAGGGGUCGGAGGGCGGGGGGCAGUGCGCGUGUGUGUAUCCGCUGCUGUUCACGCUGCGCCUGGGCAUGGAGUACAGCCAGUUCACCGCGGAGAAACAGCUCUCCCUGGAGCAGCAGCUGGAGGCAGGCUUCUCCCUGCAACCCGGGCAGGUGCGCACGCAGUCAACGCGCGCGGGCAGCGUGGUGGCGGACAUGGCAGUGGGGCCAGUCUCCCCCGCCACGAUGCUGGACCAGCCCACGGUGGACCGCGUCACGGGCAUUCUCUACGGCACCAACGGCAGCAUUAGUCUGAGUGGCUUUGGGAGUGUGACGGUGGUGCAGCUCGUGCCACCCAACCAGAUCGCCCGCAACGACACUGGUGCCCCCCCACCAUCUCCGCCACCAGCGCCAGCACCCGCCUCGUCCUCAGGAGGGUGGUCCAUGGCGGCCAUAAUCGGCGUGGCCGUGGCAGGCUUUGUGGUGGCGGUGCUGCUGGUGGUGGCGCUCGUGGUGCUGUGCAUGCGCUGCCGGCCCAGCCGCAAGGACGCGUUUCAAGACGACCUUGCUGACGACGCCGCCCGCCCCGCCUUCCAAUCAUGGGCGAACGGGUCGUCAGCCAAGGCGAAUGGCGGCGCCUCCUCGCGCAAGUCCCAAGGCGUGCCGCCCAUAAGCCUAGCGGAGCUGCAGAUGGCCACGGACGACUUCGCCCCGGACCGCAGGCUCGGCACCGACCCUCUGGGCACGACCUAUGUCGGCACCAUGCCGGACGGAGAGGAGGUGGCUGUGAAGAAGAUUGAGCCGUCUGUAGUGGAGGGGCAGUCGGAUGAGGAUUUUGUGGCGGUGGCGGCUAAUAUGGCGCGGUUGAGGCACGCGCAUGUGGUGCAGCUGCAGGGGUAUUGCGUGGACUAUGGGGAGAGGAUCCUGGUGUUCCAGCACUGUGCUGGAGGGAGUUUGUAUGAUCACCUGCAUCGGAAUGACGAUGAUAGCUCGCAGCUGCUGUCGUGGGAGGAUCGCGUAGAUAUUGCGCUGGAUGCUGCUGAGGCGCUCGUGUACCUGCAUGAGGAGUGCAUGCCGCCCAUGGUGCACCGCAGCAUCUCCUCGCGCAACGUGCUGCUUGACUCGUCGCUGCGCGCGCGCGUCGCCGGAGCAGGCCUCUCCUUCCUCAACCCCGUCGGCACCGACGAGAAGUCGCUGUCGGACCAGCUGGUGGGCGGCUUUGCAUACAACGCUCCCGAGUACGCCAUGUCAGGCAUCUACACGGCCAAGAGUGACGUCUACAGCUUUGGUGUUGUGCUGCUCGAGCUCCUCACAGGCCGCAAGCCUGUCGACCCGUCGAAGCCCAAGGCGGAGUCAUCACUGGUGCGGUGGGCGGCGCCGCUGCUGCACGAUGUGACGGAGCUGGAGGCCAUGCUGGACCAGCACAUCUCUGGCCCGCUGCCGGACGUCUCCAAGCUCACCAAGUUCGCAGAAGUCAUCACCCGCUGCAUCCAGCCCGAGCCGGAGUACCGGCCCUUGAUGUCGAAGGUGGUGAACGAUUUAAACAAGAUCAGGGGGCCACGUAGAGAUGAUGCCUCCGAUGCAUACUGA